UGGUGAGAAGCCGUGAGGAGGAUGGGGGAGGCCAAACGAGUUGCGGACUCGGACCACGCGCAGAGCUGAUGGACCCAUCUCAGAUUGGACGAGCAGUGCGAGCGGCGUACCAGGCGCCCGCCCUCUCUUGCGCCUGCCCCGCCUGGCUCAGCUCUUCCCUCCCGUUCUUCGCUGAAACCUGCUGCAAAUCCAGGCGGACGGCCGAUGCGCAUCGCCUCGGAACACGACUCAAUAGCUCGCCCACGAGCCCCGCGUUUGGCUGCCAGGCCGCGAACUACAGCCGUCUGACGGGCACAUCCGGACAGAUGCAGGCAAGGAGAUCUUCUCUGGCAUAGCGCACCGACACGCAGGCGUUGUUCGCUGGCCCUCGCCGUCGCGCACGACGAGCACACGAACGCGUCAAAGUCGCCGAGGAGGGACAGCCAUGACCAAUGAUGCUGUCCACCCGCGCGACCACAGCGUCUCUCGCUCGCCGAGGAAAUUUGACAAGCGCUCCAUCGGACGGACUGAGGACGCUCUUACUCAUGGGCUGGGGGGCAGAAUGAUAAUAUUGGCAUCACCCAUUCCUCCUGCGCUCGCCGCCCGGCGAGUCACAGACCCGGAUCUCUGGUCCUCCAGAUUCCUGUCCGAUUCGAUUUCCUGCAACUCACCGUCGUCACAAGCGGUACCCGCCGCAAUCCCCGUAGACGCCAGCCCCGCGUCCAAACCAGGUCCGCACAUUUUCCAACUCUUGUCGUUUAUUCGUGACAUGGCUGUUCAUCGUCCCCACAUAAAAGCCUCCGCAUGCCAUCGACAUCCGCCCA